UUCUCGUGCCCGGAAAAUCCGGAAAAGGCUGUCAGUAUUCGAAAACGAUUGUAGCCGGAGUAGCAGUAGAAGUCGAAGAAGCUGAUAUUCUAAAGGUCGGUUCGGCUUAUGAAACGACGACGUGGCUUGUACGAGCAAUGCUGUCACGUGUCUCGCGGCGAGCAGUCCUGUCAGAAUUGAUCAGUCGUUCCGCCACAGCGAUGGCGAUCGACGAUUGGCGAAUGUAGGUGAGCGAAGCGGCUGGCGAACUCAAGCAAAAUCGCUUGAAAGGGACGACUAAAGCGUUGUCGUUUGACGGGGUUACAGAAUUCGCCGUUUGACGAAUACAGGAGAACCUUCUCAAGUUGGUUGUUUCCUAGAUUCCAUGACGAGAACGGCUGCCAGCAAUUGGCGAAUUUAGGUCUGCCAGGCGAUUUCUUGAGGGGUCACGCGCCGUAGUAGUAGCCAGAAGGACCUGCAUUUGAGUCGACUCAAAAGUAGCAGAAGGACCGGGUCCUGCCGUUGUAGGCAUUUGAGACGUUGCGAAACGACCAUUCGAGGGUAUUCGUAGUAACCAGUCGAGGUGCUGCUGUUGCUGUGGAGAGGAUUCUCAAUUCUGCGCCUCAAUUAGAGUCGAGUUUCGACCUUAGGGGGGGGGGGGAAGGUUCAGGCACGCACCUUAGUAUAAGGGCGUCGCUCAUAUCCUGCCGGAAAGGAGACAGUUGGAGAUAGUUGAAAGACGACCCGAUACCCUUCCUAUGGCGGCUCAUUGUCGCAUUUCUCCUGGAAUGAAGCCGCUGACGUGGCGGGAACUACCGUCCUUGUCCGUGCUGGUGGUGGUGCUGGCGCUUGCAGCACCGCAUUGCCAUGCCGCUGCCUCGUCAGUAGCAGCAGUCGCAGCAGCAGCGACAGAACCCGCAGCAGCAGCAGCAGUCCCAACAGCAACAGAAAACACAGCAGCAGUCCCAGCAGUCCCAGCAGCAGCAGCAAUAGAACCCGCAGCAGUAGCAGCAGUCCCAGCAGUCCCAGCAGUCCCAGCAGCAACAGAACCCGCAGCAGUAGUAUCACCACCGGCAUUGUCACCACCAGCAUUGUCACCACCAGCAUUAUCACCACCAGCAUUAUCACCACCAGCAUUAUCACCACCAGCACCACUACCAUCACCAUCACCACCAGCAUUGUCACCAGCUGCAGCAUCUGAUCUUCGGCCUCUUCUCCCGACCAAUCAACCAUCUGCCGAGCCUUCUCUCUCCGCUCCCAAGCCUGAUUCUGAACCCCUCCCAGCUCCCGAACCUGUUUCCAAGCCUGUUUCCGAGCCUUCACCUCCACCUCCCGAACCUGCUGCCGAGCCAUCCCUGCCUGCACCACUACCCUCCACACCCGCCGAACCAUCCCAGUCGGCACCACUGCCACCUUCUGCCGAACCAUCCCUUCCUGCCCCAACUCCUCCUUCCGAACCAUCUGCUGCACCACCCUCCGAACCUCCCGCCGAGCCUCCCUCCGAACCUCCUUCAGAGCCUCCUUCCGAGGCACCUGCGUUAGGCUCGGAAGAGGAGGAGGAGCCGUUGCCAGCUGUCCCCGAGCCUAGCUCAGUGGUGUGCCAGCUGGCAGACUAUGUCAGGGUGUCUGGUCCCUGCCAAGGCCGCGAGCGGCGGAUCUCCUUCAAGAAAGUGCGCAACUGCACCGACCCCUUUCAGCUGGACCUCUCCCCGCGCCCAGAGCCCUGCGAUUGCACACCGGAGGACUAUGAGCGCAAGUACCUUAAGUCGGAUAACGGCUCCUGCGCCCUUUCUUUCCAGCCCACCAACUGCGAAGGGGGAGACUCCAACUGGGAAGUACCAGCGGACCCCCUCUUUUGUGAGCUAGCCCCUGUGGCGUGCAGCGAGGCCAACAUCCGCACCAUCCAUGGCAAGUGCGACUUCAUCCGAGACCCAACUACCAAUAAGGCUCUCAGCAAAGAGAAGACCAUCCAGGUGAUUUACUACUUUGACAGCGGUUGCAACCCCACGGCACAUGGCUCAGUGCCGCUGCCAUCGCCUGGAUACAUCCCCUGCGAUAUGACCUGUCCUGCUGGUUCCUACCUGCAUGGAGACAAGUGCCGCAAGUGCAAGCCCGGCACCUACAGCAUGGGGGGAGGGAUUCGCUUCGACGCUUUCUAUGAGCUUGAUGAUAGGUUAUUCCGGACGGAUUGCACCCAUUCCAACUCUUCCGGCUCAUUCAACUGGUAUGCGUCGGAGGGUCAGCUCAAAGUUGGCCCAUACGACCCGCCCAAUGACUGGUACCCC